GGCGGUGCAGCCUCCGCUGUGGUCUCAGCAGCAGCGGCUCAGGGAGUAGUAUCAGACCACGGUGUUGUGUAGGAACAGACGCCACAGAGCUGAAAACCCACAGCGGAACAAAUGAAAACGAAAACGACUCUUUCAUGUGGAGUAAUUCUGGGACGAGACGCUCAAUCGAAGCCCGAAGCCGUUUAACAGAUAUUGGACCGACUGACAAGGAGUGGGACGUUGCCACCGCCGGAUGGUCUCGCUUGCCCUGUCGUUAAGAUUUCUGGCUAAAAGGAGUAGCCGAUAAUGCACAGCACCUGCGCUGCUGCCAAACCAACCUCCUGCCUGUAGAGGAAGCGGCUGUGCCAGCAUGUCCUCUCAUCCCCAGUCGGUGCCGCCGGGCCGGAGGACUGCACUGGACACACGGCAUCUUCCGAAUCCCGCCACUCUGCCGCUGCAGCUGCAGCGGGCACACGCGGAUGUGGGACUGGUUGACUAUCACCCACAUGCUAGGGAUUACAGUUCUCACCUGGCCCAGCCUCAUCGCCGUCGGCCUUCUUUGCUUUCAGAGUUUCAGCCUGGGAAUGAGAGAGGGCAAGAACAGCAUAUUCGCUAUGACCAUAUCUACCUACCUGAACCAAGCACCCAAUCAGAGGUGGAAUAUGCUGAGAUCAAACGACCUCGUUUGGAGAUCGGACCAGAGUCUUUGAUGAGGCCCUCAUCUCACCGGGCAUCAUUGGCUCUCGGAGGGGCUGAGGAUAUGGCAAAGGAGCGUGGAAGUGCCAUAGGGAAGCUGGAGCCUAUUUCCCCUGUGAGCCCAGAGCACAUGGAUCCUGACUUGGAUCUGGUGCCGGCUCGCUUCUCCAAGGAGGAGCUCAUCCAGAAUAUGGACCGCGUGGAUCGGGAGAUCACCAUGGUGGAGCAGCAGAUCUGCAAGCUUCGCAAAAAACAGCAACAGCUGGAGGAAGAAGCUGCAAAGCCCCACGAGCCAGAGCAGCCCAGCUCACCCCCACCCAGUGAGGCCAAGCACCGCAGCCUGGUACAGAUCAUCUAUGAUGAGAACAGGAAAAAAGCAGAAGAGGCUCAUAGGAUAUUGGAGGGACUUGGACCCAGGGUGGAACUGCCUCUGUACAAUCAACCUUCUGAUACCAAGCAGUACCAUGAGAACAUCAAAAUAAAUCAGGCGAUGAGGAAAAAGCUCAUCUUGUACUUCAAGAGGCGAAAUCAUGCUCGUAAGCAGUGGGAACAGAAAUUUUGCCAGCGCUAUGACCAGCUGAUGGAAGCCUGGGAAAAGAAAGUGGAGCGCAUAGAAAACAACCCACGGCGCAGAGCCAAGGAGAGCAAGGUGCGAGAGUAUUACGAGAAACAGUUCCCGGAGAUUCGCAAACAGAGAGAGCUGCAGGAGCGCAUGCAGAGCCGUGUUGGGCAGCGAGGAGGUGGGCUGACUUCAUCUGCAGCUCGCAGUGAACAUGAGGUGUCUGAGAUCAUUGAUGGGAUAUCAGAACAUGAGAACACAGAGAAGCAAAUGCGGCAGCUGGCCGUCGUCCCUCCUAUGCUGUUUGAUGCCGAGCAGCAGCGCAUCAAGUUCAUAAACAUGAAUGGACUGAUGGAUGACCCGCUGAAGGUUUACAAGGACCGGCAGGUUAUGAACAUGUGGAGCGAGCAGGAGAAGGACACUUUCAGAGAGAAGUUCAUCCAGCACCCUAAAAACUUUGGUCUCAUUGCAUCUUUUCUGGAGAGAAAGACGGUGGCGGAGUGUGUGCUCUUUUACUACCUGACCAAAAAGAACGAGAACUAUAAGAACAUAGUGCGCAGAAACUACAGACGCCGCGGGAGAAGCCAGCAUAGUCAGCAGCAGCAACAGCAACAAGUGAACCGCAGCAGCCAGGAGGACAAGGAGAAAGAGGAGAAAGAAAAGGAGGGAGAAAGGGAUGAGGAGAAGAAUGAAGCAGAAGACAAGGAAGACGGAAUGAAGGACGACACCUCUGGAGAGGAUGCGGAAGACAAAGAGCCUGCUGUUGCCGUCAAGGGCCGACGUACAGCCAACAGUCAGGGCCGCCGCAAGGGCCGCAUCACCCGCUCCAUGACCAGCGAAGUGGAGGAGACCACAACGCCGCCCCUCAACAAUGAGCUCGCCAAUCUGGAGAUGAAUGAGAGUUCUCGCUGGACUGAAGAAGAAAUGGAAACUGCCAAGAAAGGCCUUCUGCAGUAUGGUAGGAAUUGGUCCGCCAUCGCCAAGAUGGUGGGGUCAAAGACCGUGUCACAGUGCAAGAACUUUUACUUCAACUACAAGAAAAGGCAGAAACUGGACGAGAUUCUGCAGCAGCAUAAAAUGAAAUCAGAGAAGGAGCGAAAGGCCCGCCGUAGGGGCAAAACUCUUCAGAAUGAGGAAACUAGUGCCCCAUUUGCAGCAGAGGAGGAGGAGAUGGAGGGUUCAGGAGCUAGUGCUAAUGAAGAGGAGGCCCCUGAAGAUGGAGAAGGUGGAGCCAACAACAGCUCUGAUACCGAGAGCCUGCCCUCCCCACACUCAUCCGAGGAUAGCAAGGCUAAGGAAGAAGGCUCGAGCAGGUCAAAGGCCAGCUCCAGCGCUGGGGAGAAGGAGGCGGCUGGGUCUGACAUGGGCCAGCCAGGGGAUGAGAAACCUCCUUUCAGAGAAGAUGCGGACCUGACCAUCAAGCAGGAGGUAAAGACGGAGGCCGGGGACCCUAACAAGGAGCAGCUGCAGUCAACGCUGCCCAGUGAAGCAACAGAUAAAAAGCCUCCUGCAGCAGAGGCCGAGGAAGUGAAAAGCUCAGCAAAGAGCUCCAAGAAGGACCACGGGGCUAAAACGGGCUCAAAUGGGGACAGCGACUCUAGUGCUACUUGCAGUGCUGACGAAGUGGAGGAGACCGACAGUACAGAUAAGAACAGAAUAACUUCUCCACGGCCAAGUCUACUGAACUACACUCACGAUGGGGUCAUAUCCUCCCCAGUCCAGAAGCCUAUGGACCUGAAGCAGCUCAAACAAAGGGCUGCUGCCAUACCGCCUAUUAUGCCAGAGGCCUCCAUGCAGGGCAGCCAGCGGAGUGGGGGUGGCAAAGCAGUCCUGCCCCCCCACGCCCUGGCACUGUACCAGCAACAGAUCACGAUGGCUCAUGGGGAGUCCUCUCAGGAGGUCAAACAACAGCAGCAGCUUUCAGGCCAGUCAGGCAAGCAGCAACCUUACACCCCGCAGGCGGAGAGGGAGAGGGAGGCUCUUCAUAGCAGCAGCCCGCGUGUCCGCCCACGCAGCCCCUCAAACGGCGACAAGGAUGAGAAAUCCCGGGCUUUCUCUCCACAUAGUGAAGCCAAAAAGCAGGCGCUAGGGUCCGAUGACUUGAGAAACUCCAACUUGGGUCGCCCGGUUCUCUCAUCUUACCCCAUGUCUCCCAGAGACAUGGCCAAGAUCAGUCAUGACCAGCACUUGCUCCACUUCAACUCAUUGCAGCAAGCAGGUCACCCCUUACUCACCAGUCUGCCACAAGACAGUGGUAGGUUAGCAGCAGUGAGGCCCCUCACGAUGCCUGAGCCACCACCUCUCAUUUCCUCCACAAAGCCGGGGGGCUCUAUCACCCAGGGCACCCCCGUGCAGUUGCACAGCCCAGCUCUCGGGUUGGAUCACGGGAAGGUCCCUCCCACACAGAUGGGGUUGCCUUGGAUAGAUCAGAGAAAAGUUGGAGGUCCUUUCCCCAUGGUAAAGCAGGAACAGUUGUCUCCCCGCAGUUCAUCCUCCCAGCCUGAUAAUCUGUCGACCCAAGGGGCGCCUCAUGACAGCGCUGCAGGACGUGGUUCUAUUCCAGCAGUUCAGGGAGGCAGUAUUACCAAGGGAAUUCCUGGGACCAGAAUGCACCCAGAAGCCUCUUUGUCCUACCGAGGCUCCAUUACUCAGGGCACACCAGCUGAUGUGCUGUAUAAGGGAACCAUAACCCGGUUAAUCACAGAGGACAGUGCUACUCGCGCUGAGAGGGAGCAGGAUGAAGCAGCUAAAGGCCACGUGGUCUACGAGGGCAUCAGUGCUCACAUUCGCACAUAUGACCGUGCUGCUUCUCAGACUCCUAAGGAUGAUGGCCGCGGCCCCGGCCAGCCUGGCGAGAUUCUAGGCCUGAAGCGUCCUUAUGAUGCCAUGGAGGGAGGCAUUUCUAGAGGACUGCCCACACGGGAUUCCCUGUCUGCUGCCAAUUGUGAAGGUCUGAUUGGUCGAGCCAUGCCUCAUGAUAGGGAUAGUCCGCAUCAUGCAUCCUACAAGGAUGCUCAUCACAUCCGGGGGUCCAUCUCACAAGGUAUACCUCGUCAUCUCGACCCUCAGGACGGAUACCUGAGGAGGGAGCCUAAGCAGAUGAAGCGCGAUGGCUCCCCAACUCGGGGGUCCAGUUCGCUGUCUGACUCGAUGAAGGGCAGAGAGUCCAUGGUGACCACAGUCAAAGAACCUGGACGCUCCAUUCACCUGAUUCCCAGAGAGGAGCUCAGACAGCCUGCCAAGGAAGGCAUUGUUGCACAGGGAGCGCCUAUGAAGCAGGAAGCAGGUGGUCAAGGAAAACGUCACGACGUCCGCUCCAUCAUAGCCAGUUCCCCACGCUCUUACCACGCUGCGCCUUCCCACCUGGAGAUGCGCCCUGAUAGGUCCCGCUAUGAAGACGCUCCCAAAGGACGCCCCAGUGCAGUGGUGAGCACAGCUAGCCCUAUAGCCCGCUCCUCCCCACUCACACUGGGCUCACAGGAAGGGGGCAAGCCUCAUCACAGCCCAGUGGGCUACGAGGACAAAGGCACCUUAAGGAACCCUUACCCAGGACCCUCCCAUCGUGGAUCCCCUCUCUCCAGGGAGGGAAGUCAAAGGCAGCAUGAUGGGUCCAAUAAGAAUCCACCUCAGGAGCGUAAGGCUACACCAACACCCAGAGAUAUGAGUGCCACCAAAUCGCCACUCUCCAGCGUUACUGAUCAGCAGACUUACGAGCGUAUACUGGAGGUGUAUCGUCAGAUGCCCUUAGCCUUUGAUCCUGCUGCAUUCCCCCGUGGCAUCCCUAUUGAUCCAGCAGCCUACUACUUGCCUCGCCACCUUGCCCCCAACCCAGCGUACCCGCAUCACUACCCCUACUUCAUCCGGGGCUUUCCUGAAACUGCCGCCCUGGAGAAUCGCCAAACGCUGCUAAACGACUACAUCACCUCCCAGCAGAUGCCCCAGUGGCCUGCAGCUGCUGCCAUGGCUGCUCAGCGGUCAGACUUGCUGAGGGGCCUGGCUCCACGAGACCAGGCCCUUUCCCUGCCCUACUCUGCGCCCCCACGUGGAAUCAUCGACCUUUCUCAGGUGCCACACUUACCUGUCCUGGUCCCUCCUUCUGCAGGGGCCGCAAGUUCCCCAAUGGAUCGCAUCACCUACAUCCCUGGGCCAAGCUCCACCUUCCCUGGCAGGCCUUACACUACCUCCCCCAUCUCACCCGUUGGCUCCUCGCACAUAAACAAGAUGCAAAGCACAUCCUCCUCUUCAGAGCGCGAACGUGAGCGGGAUCGGGAGAGAGAAAGGGAGCGCGAGCGGGACCGGGAGAGGGACCGCGAAAGAGAACGGGAGAGAGAUCGAGAAAGAGACAGGGAGAGAGAGAGAGACCGAGACAGGGACAGAGAGCGAGAGCGCGACAGAGAGAAGGGUGGUUCUGUCGGAAACGUGGAGCACGCCCCGAUUUGGCGCCCAGGUACAGAUCACAACUUGACGAGCAGCAGCAUGAGGCCUGUGUCCCAGCCAUACAGCCACCAGCACUCCCCAGUGUCACCACGUAACCAGGAGAACGUGCAGCAGAGACCUAGUGUCCUGCACAACACGGGGGGGAAAAGCCUUUCUGUUGGGGAGCACACGGGUUCCUCAGUGUUACGGCCUACGCCUUCAGGGCAAACCCACUACCAAGGUUACUCUGGCCACCUCCAAAGGAUAGCUGUUCCUCCCGAGGCAUACCCACCUGCUAUGGACCCAAGUGUAGCCAAAGAGCAGGGUCGAGAUGGUGGGAAAUCCAGGGGAGGUCUCUCCAAGCAUGUGCAGGAGCAGCUUGUCCCCUCCGGUAAAUCUGACUCUAAGCUGUCCAGCCCCAGCCCAGGAGCAUUAUACCCAGGUCCUUAUCCUUCAUCCUCGAGUCGGCCCCAACACCUGCUGCCUCCUCAGUCGGAUAACCCUCCUGCCCGCGGAGAAAGCGGCACACCUAGUAGGGAAAAGACUCAAAACAAACAGAUGUCCAUUCAGGAACAAGAGCUUCGAGUACUCGGUAAGACCACCAUGACUGCGGCCAACUUCAUAAACGCAGUUAUUAUGCGUCAAAUUUCUUGUGAAACGGGGAUGCCAGAGACGGGCUCGCUUGUUGCCAGCGGCGCCAAUGAUGCUCAACAGAAGCCAGAGCCACAUGAUCUGUACCAUCCUCCAUCUGAGGAGAGACUGUCUCCAGGACAACAGCCUCCAUCCCCAUGUGUUAAAGGCAGCCAGAGGGUUGUCACCUUGGCACAGCACAUCAGCGAGGUCAUAACUAAAGACUACACCAGGCAGAGCCAACAAGGCUACCAUGGCUCUCCAGUCCUGGACUUGACCCGUCCCCCCAGUGCCUCCCAGCUCCCACCCUCUUCACAGGACUCUGGCCAAGGGCCUCGCUAUCUUGAGGGUCUUAGUGGAGAACGCAACAAAGACCGGUCUCCUCCUCAGCUUAAGACGUCACCCAUCAGUAUCUCUAAUGAUGGCAUUGAACCUGUGUCUCCUGCUGGAGGCAGCUCUGAGCCUGAAAUCCAGGGGGGGUCCUCCUACCCCAUUGAGCAGGGAGAGCAAGGAAUGGGCUCCCGUUCCCCACCCAAUGCCUCCCAGCACCCUGCGUUCUUCAGCAAGCUGACGGAGAGCACCUCGGCUAUAGUGAAGUCAAAGAAACAGGAGAUUAUUAAGAAGAUGACUGUGGUGGGAAGCGACGGGGAUUUCAGUGCUGGACAGCCAGGAACAGAGAUCUUCAAUAUGCCCGCAUCUACAACUGCAGGACCUGUGAACGUCCGCAGCCACCCGGCUCCAGAGACCCCUGGUAACUCAAUAGGCCUGGAGGCCAUUAUAAGGAAAGCCUUAAUGGGCAAAUAUGAUGACCAGUCUGAGGAGCGCUCCCUCUCCAAUGCUGCUAACACAGUGGGUUCUGCUUUGCCUCUGGCUGAUGACUUUUCACAAGGUGGGGGGAAGUCCUUAAAGGGCAGCAGCCGUUCCAAUGGGCGCAAGACCAAGUCCCCAGGACCAGGCUUAUCGGGCGGGGAGAGACCCUCCUCUGUGUCCUCAGUGCAUUCGGAGGGAGACUGCAACAGGCGGACUCCCCUCACGAACCGCGUGUGGGAGGACCGGCCUUCAUCCACAGGUUCGACACCAACCCCCUUCCUGUGCAACCCACUGACCAUGCGUUUACCCAGUGGGACCGUGUCCGCUCCCUCCCCUUCCUCCGGCCAGCUGGGGGGCCAGGGCCCGGGCUCGGUGCCGGGACAGGGCCGCUCCUGGGAGGACGAGCCCAAGCCUCUGCUCAUGUCCCAGUACGAGACCCUGUCGGACAGCGAGUGAGGCCGAAGCGCCCGCGUUACGCAGGACCCCAUCAACCACCUCCGUGCUGCCGCCGCCCACGCGUCCGCGAACCAACCCGCACCAUUCCACUCUACAUUUCCUCAAUUUAGUCCUCAAGCAAGGAUCGCGUUGUCGGCAGGCACCAACCAGCUGCUCCCCGUGUGCGUGCGCGUGCGUACAGUAUGUUUGCGCUUACAUGUUAAUGCAUUCACUCCAGGACUACUCUAAAAGGACAAAUCACUUUUUUUUUUAACUUAGCAACUUUUCCUCACUGGCCUUAUCAGUACAGACAUGUUGACCUUUCGCCUUUUUAGGUGUAGCGCUCUAAUGUGCUGACGCGUGUGGGAGGGGACUCUGACAUCCAGUAGUAGAUCUGGUCUGGAGACCCACAUCAGCUGCUCUGCUCAGAGGUUUUGACCACAGGUCUGACCUGAGAGCAGCUCGAGCACACAGCGAGGACCCCUUAACGUUUGUUCACGGUGAACUCCGAAUGCAGAUGGUCUACACAAAUACACGCGGGGUGGGGGGCAGAAGGAGAAUUAACAUCCUGUUUUUAUGGUUUUUGUCCUUUUUUUUUCCCCCUUUAACUUCAGUCAGUCCAGUCUUGUGUUUGGAACGUAAGCUGAGACCUUUAGUACAUUUUGAUGGUAAACUUUUGAUGGUGUCAUUUCUUGUCUCUUAACUAAAUGAUGAUGUAUCUUUUUGGGGCGUGGGGGGGGGCAGACAUUGUUAUAUGGGAGGGUCAUGUAAUUGGUUUACAGGGUAAACAUGCUGUUCAUGGCUGAUGUCGUCAUCUAUUGGGCAGCUUCCCGGUAGAGCAGCGAAGGCCUGCUGACUUCAGGCGUCCACGUAGGUUGAGGUGACUGGCCAGAUGGGAAUCGCUGGGACGAGUGACACUUUCUCACUGUGUUUCUAUUAACCACGUCUGUGUUUUUGGAUAUUAAGCACUUAGUUCUCAGUUUGUUCACCAUGGCAUUUUUUUAAGACUCUUUGUUUCCUGGGGCAGGUGAAUUAGAUGGAGCAGUAUAGACAUCCAGAUGUGGAGGUGUCCUUUAACACCUAUAUGUUUAUUUUGUUCUCGUCACCGACGACGUUUAGCGCUCCCACACUCAAAGCGACAAUCACACUCGAGCAAGCGACGGCUAAGCCACUGGGAGUAGGUGCGCACCAACCUUAAAGCUGCUUAAAGGCCAAUUCCCCAGCAUCCCCUGGAAUUUGCCUGCGACAAAGAGGUGACGGAAAAGCCAUUUGUUUAUGAUCCUUGGUCCUCGAUGCCGUCGGCCUCAGCGCUCUGGACGGCCUGACCUCUGACCUUUUACUGCCUAGUGGAGGAGCCCAGACGCUACUCCUGAUCUAGGCUGUUUUUGUAUAGUUACGAAAUAUUGCUAGUGUUAAGUGCCAUUUAUUUUACAUACUGAAGUUACCAAGUGACGCACAAUUUUUCUUUGCCCCCAGUGCCAGAGUUUAUACUGUCCGUGCAGGGAAAUCUGAAAACAAACAAACAAAAAAAAGAAAUAUGCGCUUUUAAAUUUUUUUUUAAUAAAAUUUGUGCAUUUUUUUUCUUCAAAUUCAUCACAGCCUUAGCUUUUAACUGUGUCACUCAUUGGGUUUCUUCUGUAAACAAAGCGGCGCCGUAUCACAGGGCAGCAGUGCCGCUUCAAACCUUUCCUCCACUACGAGACUUCAAGUGUACUUCAUUGCAUCUCAUGUUUGUGUAUGAAUUAGGAGCGGUCGAGGAGAAGCCAUCUGAACGCGUCUGGUAGUUUUAUGUAACCUUAGUUGACAUGUUCUCACUGUUUUGCUCGCAGUAUUUUAAAGGUCGCCCUCUGCGUACGCGCGGUGAAGCGUUCUCGGCCGGGGGACGAUCACUGUCCUCCGGCUGCAGCCGCAACGACUCCUCCAGACGCUUAGAACCAGACUCACCUCUGUAGAACAUUUUAUCACAGGAUUGUCAUAAACACAAACAUGACUGUUACAGGACUACCUCCUCUUUCUUCAUCCUUCCUGCGUCAUUGGUGGAGCAUCUGGCGUGCCGCGCCCACAGAAAGCUCAUCUCAGCCAUUUUAGCUCCAGUUGCUAUUCUGUUGGUUUUUCCUCCCUCCCAAGACUGAUGAAGGGUUCGAUUUCAUCAGACGAGGCAAAAAAUAAAUCCAGGCAGUGGUGUCUGUGUGUGUACGUCACUUGUCCACUGUUGAAUCGUAAGAAUGUGGCAGCAACCAGACUAAGCCAUAUCCCGCUGUUCUCUAAACCGAUGACAUACUCAUUGUUUUUAAAAGUAUACUGACAUGAAUCUUACAUCUUCAUUAUAAAUCAAAGAAAAUUAUUCAAGCCUAAAAAGACAAAGUUUAUCGCUGUGUUCCCUGUAUUAUCCAUGGAGGGGGGGUCAUCGACAUAAUACAUUGUUCAACCAUUUUGUGCAUAAUGAUUUUUUUUUAUUAUAACCCACUGUAUAAUAGCAAGGAUUGUACAUAAAACUGAAAAGAUGUAAAUAUUUAUGUGGCUUGCUUAAGGUUGGUUUUACAAAAACAUAUUCACAUGGUUAAAUUCUACAUGCCCACCAGCAAGCUUUGUGGAUAGCAGUGUAAAAAUGAAAAACGAAAACACUGCCUUAAUGUUUAAAUAAAAAGCUUAUUGCCAUUUGGAA